AUGGAGAUUGUGCUGCUGUCCUGGGCAGGCGGAUGCGAGUUGCGAGAGCUUGAACACCGGGCUCUCCAGCUUGAAACGCCGCCAUUCAAUGACAGUUUCGGUGGCUCUUCGCCAUUGUUGCUGACUCUGCUCGAGUUCCUUCCCUUUGGAUAUUCGGAGCUUCACUCCACGAUUCUUGGCACUGCGUGGGUCUCUGGCCAUUAUGGAUCUGAGCGGCUUUGGGUUUGCAGGAGGCCAGAUUGCGCGGCGCCCUUUGUGGCCAUCGCGGCAGAAGCAGUGCACAAUUGUCUGUGCAACAAGCCAGACGAAGAUCCACAACAACUUGGAGAGAAAUUCUUGCGGAAGCAUUUUGCUGGCGAUGUAACACUCGACCAGAUGUUCCGCUGCACUGUCACAGCUCGAGCCUGA